AAAAAUAAAAAAUUAUAUAAAUAAAUAAAUUUAUUAAAAAAAGAAAAGAACUUACUGAUUUCUGACUCUAUUUCUUCUUCAUUGACUUCUCCAUUUUUUCGGAGACGCAUUUUAACUUCGGUUUUAGGGACACUAUAUUAAAUAUAGUAUAGGAAAGUGGUUAAUACUAAAGCUUUGGAGCCAGAUCAGGCACACCUUGGCAAAGUUGUUUAACCUCUUUGAAAUUCAUUUUUUUUUAUCCAUAAAAUGGUAGGUUAUAUGUAUCUAAUAUGGUUUCUGUGAGGGGUAAAUGAGGUAAUAUAAGUAAAAUAUUUAGUACCAUUCCUGGAAUAGAGAAAGCCCUCAUUAAGUGAUAAAUCUUAUUAUAUUUGUAUGGAGAUAUCAGGGUAUAUUGGAAAAAGCAUGGACAAUUGUUGUUAGAUAGACUUAGGGUCAAAUUCUGGCUCUAUUACUGAACAUCUUAGGCAAGUUGCAUAACUUCUCUGAACCUCAUUUUUUGGUUGUUUUUUUUUUUGCCACGCUGCAGGGCUUGCAGGGCCUGAAGGGAUCUUAUUUCCCCGGCCAGGGAUUGAACAUGCGCCCUUGGCAGUGAAACCUCGGAGUCCUAACCCCUGGACCUCAAGGGAAUUCUGAGCCUCAUUUUUUUUAAUCUAUAAAGAGGGGAUUGUAAUACCUGACUUGAGGAUUGUUGUAGAUAUAGCACCUGCACAUUGCUUGCCACAUAGUAGGCAUUCAUCAAGUGGUAUCUAUUAUUGUUACCAUGUCUAACAUAUAUUUUCAGAUUAUUCUUUGGUCUUUAAAACAGUUUUGUGAGGUUGAAAGGCUAAGUUUUAUGCCUGUUUUGCAGAUGAGGAAAUAAGGUCCAGAGAAGUUAAGUGAUUUUUUUUCAUGAUUACUGCAGUAAUUUUUAUAGAGCCAGUAUUAGAACACAGGUCUUCUGACUUCUGAGCUUUCUGCUUUGCAGCUUUUCCUUAAAUACAAAUGUUUGGAUGAAUGGAUUAAGGUUUAAAAAUAGGUUCUUUUUAGUGCCUGCUCCUUUGACUCCACUCAGAUUCUUAAUACAGAUUGACCCACAUUAGAAUAGUAAAGAUAGAGUUACUCUUCUCAGCUCCAAUGUAAAUUACUUUUAAAUUUGUUCCAAAAGGUGGUUUUGAGAUUGUGGGUUUUACUCUGGUAUUUGUUCACGUCUCCUGAAGUUCCAUGAAAUUAGGUACCUUAGCCCAAGAAGUGAUGGCUAUUAGAUUACCUUUGGUGUUCAGUUUUCAGACCCAAAGAUGUUUCCCCUUGGAUGUCUGAAAAGCUUUCUGAGGUGUAGUUACUUUUAUAAGAAGAAAUACCUAAUUUAAUUCACUUGUGCUCUUGGGUUUGUGUAUGUGCAGUGGAUGUUUUUGUUAUGUUGUUACAGGUUCAUGAAAAGCCCAGAACUUUGAUGACAGAUAGCCUGGUUAUAAAGAAUUUUUUACGCAAAGUCAUCACUGUGCUCCCCAAGGGCAGAGAAUGAACCUACUUUGAACCUGUCAAAUGGAAUUGCGCUUGUCGUAAACCAUCAGCAUUAUGUGAGUACACCAAAAUUUGGUGCAACUGAAUUACUCUGCAGCAGAAUCCAUCCCGUGCUAGGACAUCCAGUCAUGCUCUUCAUCCCUGAUGACGUGGCUAAAAUGGGCUUGUUGGGGGAGCUGAUACUGACUCCAGCUGCUGCUCUCUGUCCUUGCCCAAAGGUCUUUUCCAACCAGCUGAAUAGGAUUUCUUCAGCUUCCAUAUUUCUAUAUGGACCUUCAGGUCUGCCUCUGAUAUUGCUAAAUCCGGAGCAGCCAACUUCUACUAUCUUCAAAGAUACCUCUUAUUUCAUUAACUGGAAGAAAUACCACUUGUGUAUGGUGCCCAAUUUGGAUUUCAAUUUAGAUAGAGAUUUGGUGCUUCCAGAUGUGAGUUAUCAGGUGGAAUCCAGUGAGGGGGAUCAGACUCAGAAUAUGGACCCCCAGGGACAAACUCUGCUGCUUUUUCUCUUUGUGGACUUCCACAGCGGAUUUCCAGUCCAGAAAAUGGAACUCUGGGGAGUCCACACGUUGCUCACAACUCAUCUCAGUGCCAUUCUCACGGAGAGCCACAGUGUGGUGCAAGAUUCCAUCCAGGUCGCUGUGGACCAGGCCUUGGAGCAGCAUCACCACGCUGUCAAGGCUCAUCAGAAACUACAGGCCUCACUCUCAGUGGCUGUGAAUUCCAUCAUGAGUAUCAUGACUGGAAGCACCAGCAGCAGCUUCCGAAAGACAUGCCUCCAGACGCUUCAAGCAGCUGACACACAGGAAUUUGGGACCAAGCUGCAUAAAUCAUUUCAUGAGAUCACCCAGAACCGAUUUCUUCACCACUGCUCACGUGAGGUGAAGCAGGCGGCAGAAGGGGGUUCUUCCUUAACAACAGGUGUGUGCUCUUCUCAAGAGUUCGGAUCUCCUUCAGAACCCAAUGUCUCCAGCGAGCAAGUCGACGGGAGGAAGUGCCUAAGUAUGGGCCCGGCCGGGUGGCGGCAGGAGCCGGGCUCACGGUGCGCCUCCUUGGGGCUUCGGACUUGCGGAUCCAUCGGCGUGGGCCCAUGGCUGGCGCUCAGGGUUGCGGACCCACGGCUCCUUCUCGGCCUUCCGGGUCCAGAGGCAGAGGCUGGCGUCCAGCAGCUGCUCCCAGAGAAAAAUAAUACAGAGCAGAGCACAGAGGAUGCACAUGAGAACAGCAGCCUGGAGCUCCUUGCAGGGACCAGCGGGCAAGUAGAAAACAAGAGUCUCAAAAGAGGCAGGCUCUGCCAAGGAGUGGAGGAGACGCGGGCUUUCCGCUCCCCUCGGGCCCUGAACCCGUCAGAGGCCGCCUUGGGCCGCGCGGAACCCACCGCGGCUCCCCUGACCCCUAGCAGAAACAGGACGGGCCCCAGGAGCGGCCUGGAGGACGCGCUGUGGCUGCAGGAAAUCUCCAAUCUGUCCGAGUGGCUAAGUCCCGGCUCUGCGUCCUGAAUCGAGCCCCCUCCCGCCGCCUCCACGUCUGCCCCGCCGCUGCCGGGGCCGCAUGUUGUCUGUAGUUCAAUAAACCUACUCUGCGCGCGCA